GCUCAAACUCCAAGCUUAGCCCAAAGCCGCAGUAUGUCCUAUAAUGGGUACACCCAACUGCCUAGCGGUAGCAUCGACUACGAGCGCCGCCAGCAACAGGUGGUGGCCAACACCUACGAUGUCCUGCAGCGCACGACCGAAAGCAUCCAGCGUUCUAAUCAGGUGGCCAUUGAGACGGAAAACAUAGGAACUGGGGUGCUCGGAGAACUCGGUGAACAGCGUGAAUCUCUGCUGCGCACCACACGCCGCCUGGAGGAUGCCGAUCAGGAAUUGUCAAAGUCACGGAUCAUCAUACGCAAGCUGAGUCGGGAAGUUGUUUACAACAAGAUUGUUUUGAUAUUAAUUAUCAUUCUGGAGGUGGCCAUACUCAUCGGCCUGCUGGUUUUGAAGUUUGCCCAUCUGUGAAGGACGGGCGGCAUCAAUCGAAUUAUUAUUCCAAAGUUGAGAUCUAUGCGUGGUGGAUAUGGACUUUUAUUAAAUAUGUUUAUUUUUUUCUUCUAACAUUCAUGUUAAACCCAUGCCUUAGACAUAUAGAGUUAAGUUACUAUAAAUCGUUUAUGAUCGAUAUUAAUAAAACACAGCUAAAAGUUA